AGUUUCUGGGUUAGGUUGUCCAGCUCAAUCAUUUCAAAAUAUCGCACUAGAUCUCUCCCUUAUUUACUCCAAUCAACUCUACCUCUAAGCUCACUCUCAUCCCUCGCCAUGGAUGCCUUGUCUUCUUCUUUCCUCUCCACAUUCCCCACUCGAUCUUCAACAACAGCACCAAAACUCCCCCCAGCCAAAUCCCUCAACAUCUCCUCUGUUAGAAUUGAAGAAAGACCCACAACCCAAACACCUCCAAAAACCACAACACCACCAAAACAGACUCCUCCUCCUCCUCCAUCCUACUCCUCACCACCACCCACAAAACCUAAUGCACCAGCACUUCCCGCUGUGAUCUUCAACCUCUUCGACGACUUCAUCAACAACUUCGUCGACCCGCCGGUCCGGUCUUCAGUCGACCCUAAACGCGUCCUCUCCGGUAACUUCGCUCCCGUAACUGAACUUCCACCAACCGAAUGUCAAGUAAUCAAAGGCUCAUUACCUUCCUGUCUCGACGGCGCUUACAUCCGCAAUGGCCCCAACCCUCAGUACCUCCCGCGCGGGCCCUACCACCUCUUCGACGGCGACGGCAUGCUCCACUCCAUCAGAAUCUCCCAAGGCCGCGCCGUCCUCUGCAGCCGCUACGUCAAGACCUACAAGUACACCGUCGAGCGCGACGCCGGCUUCCCUCUCCUCCCCAACGUCUUCUCCGGCUUCAACGGCCUCACCGCCUCCGCGACACGUGGCGCCCUCUCCGCUGCCCGCGUGGCCUCGGGGCUGUACAAUCCCGCCAACGGCAUUGGCAACGCGAACACGAGCUUGGCGUUUUUCGGCGACCGUCUCUACGCGCUCGCCGAGUCUGAUCUUCCUUACGCCGUGCGGUUGACGGCCGACGGCGACGUCGACACCCUGGGACGGAACGACUUUAACGGCGAGCUGUUCAUGAGCAUGACGGCGCAUCCGAAGAUCGAUCCAGACACCGGCGAGACCUUCGCUUUCCGUUACGGCCCGGUGCCGCCGUUUCUCACUUACUUCCGGUUCGACCCGACCGGAGCGAAACAACCCGACGUGCCGGUGUUCUCCCUGACCAGUCCUUCUAUGCUCCACGACUUCGCGAUCACUAAAAAGUACGCGGUGUUCACCGACAUUCAGAUCGGAAUGAACCCGAUGGAGAUGAUCGGCGGCGGAUCUCCGGUGGGGUUGGACGCUUCUAAAGUAUCUAGAAUAGGAGUAAUUCCGAAAUACGCGAAGGACGAUUCCGAGAUGAGGUGGUUUGAGGUGCCCGGGUUCAACAUCAUGCACGCGGUUAACGCAUGGGACGAAGACGACGCCGUUGUGAUGGUGGCGCCGAACAUCUUAUCGGCGGAGCACACUCUCGAGAGAAUGGAGCUCGUCCACGCGCUCGUGGAGAAAGUGAGGAUCGAUCUCAAGACCGGGAUCGUUUCGCGCCAACCGAUCUCGACCCGGAAUCUGGACUUCGCGGUGAUAAACCCGGCUUACCAAGGGAAAAAGAACCGGUUCGUGUACGCGGGGGUCGGGGAUCCGAUGCCGAAGAUAUCGGGAGUGGUGAAGCUCGACGUGUCGGGUGAUGAGCACAAGGAGAGCAUAGUGGCGAGCAGGAUGUACGGUCAGGGUUGCUUCGGGGGAGAGCCGUUUUUCGUGGCGAGGGAGCCGGAGAAUCCGGAGGCGGAGGAGGACGACGGGUACGUGGUGUCGUAUGUUCAUGAUGAGAAGACGGGAGAGUCAAGGUUUUUGGUGAUGGACGCCAAGUCGUCUGAGCUGGAAACCGUGGCGGAAGUUAAGCUGCCGCGGCGGGUGCCGUACGGUUUUCACGGACUGUUUGUGAGGGAGAGUGACCUGAAGAAGUUGUAGUUGACGGCGUUUAACCACCACAUGUUGUGAUAUAUGUAGUAAAUAACUAAAUAUGUGAACCCCACUAUAAAUAGUGACAAUAUCAGUGGCCACAAACGUUGUGACUGUUGUAUAUAUAAAGUUUUUAUUGUACUGUA